AUGGCGGCUCGGCGGCGAAAGGGAAGAGGCGGGGCUAGGGCCACGCCUUCUUCCUGUCACCCCGCAACAACGCGCGCUGCCAUUGGGCUGUGCCGGCGGGCGGCGGCCAAUAGGGAGCAGCGGGCGCCGCGGGCCGCCGCCCCGGCAGCCGCGCGGGCGGGGGAGCAUGCGCAGAGCGGAGCAGGGGCGCGGCGUGGCCGGGCCGGGAGCGGGCUGCGGGGGUGCGCCGCCCCGGCAGCAGAAUUUCCGCUUUUCGGGGACACGUUUUCCCCCCGGUUCCUGCGGGCUGAGCUCACGUCUGAGCCCAAGGGAGCAGCACCGGGACCGCCCGAGGUGCCGAGGCCGUGGCGGCGGGAGGAAAAUCUCCUUCCGUGGCAUUAUCGUGACAUUAUCGUGACACUGCCGCGCCAGCUCGCCCGGGGCCGCCUGCCCCUCGUCCCGCUGCAUCCGGCACCUCCUCCGCCUCGUCCCGCCCCGGCAGUGCUGCUCCCGCUGAGCUUUCAGGAAGCGCCGGAGCCCGGCCGGGCCGAGGGGAGCCCAACCGGGCACGGCCGGGCGGAGGGGACCCCAGCCCGGGCACGGCCGAGGGGAGCCCAACCGGGCACGGCCGGGCGGAGGGGACCCCAGCCCGGGCACGGCCGAGGGGAGCCCAAGCGGGCACGGUCGAGCCGAGGAGAGCCCAACCCGGGCACGACCGAGGAGAGCCCAAGCGGGCACGGUCGAGCCGAGGAGAGCCCAACCCGGGCACGACCGAGGAGAGCCCAACCCGGGCACGGCCGAGGAGAGCCCAAGCGGGCACGGUCGAGCCGAGGAGAGCCCAACCCGGGCACGGCCGAGGAGAGCCCAACCCGGGCACGGUCGAGCCGAGGAGAGCCCAAGCGGGCACGGCCGAGGAGAGCCCAACCCGGGCACGGCCGAGGAGAGCCCAAGCGGGCACGGCCGAGCCGAGGAGAGCCCAACCCGGGCACGGCCGAGGAGAGCCCAAGCGGGCACGGCCGAGCCGAGGAGAGCCCAAGCGGGCACGGCCGAGGAGAGCCCAAGCGGGCACGGCCGAGGAGAGCCCAAGCGGGCACGGCCGAGCCGUCGGCAGCCCGGCUCCGGAGCCAUCAUUCCUCCUCCUCCUCUUCCCAGCCGCCUCAUGGUGCUGUGUGCCUGCCUGCCUGGCAAGUCAGAGCAUGUCCAGACCCCGUGGGCGAGACGGAGAAGAUGGCAAAGCUGCCGGGGCUGGGGGAUGAACGUGGGGAGGGGGCUGGGGAGGCUCCUGGGCUGGCUGACUGGUGCCUGGCAGACCACAGGCUGAACCUGGACGUGUACCCAGAGGGCUGCCGCCGCUUCCUGUGCCUCUUCGAGGGGCGCCGGCCGGAGGUGCUGCGGGUGGAGUUCCUGCGGCUCAGCGGCAACGAUCCCCUCCUCGGCACCACGCUGGGCAUCCUCCCUCAGCUGCACUGCCUCAGAUCCCUGGUGCUCAAAGGUGGCCAUACCAGGGAUGAGUUUGGUUCGUGCCAGCUGGGCUCCCUGAGCAGCUUGCCACCAGGGGUUGGGAGCCUGAGGUGUCUCACCCACCUGGAUCUCAGCUUCAACAGCCUCUCCACCCUGCCCAGCUGCAUCCUCCGUCUGCCCAGCCUCCGUGUGCUGCUGCUGAGCCACAACAGCCUGGUGGCGCUCCCGGAGGACUUUGGCUUUCUGAGCAAGCUGACUUUCUUCUCUGCUAUGAAAAACCAGCUGAAGGGCUUACCUCAGAGCAUUGGGCAGCUGGGAGAGCUGCAGGAGCUGGACCUCUCUGAAAAUGCUUUGGAAUUCCUCCCUGAGGAGGUUGGGAACCUGCAGAGCUGCACAGAACUGGAUCUCUCUGGGAAUCGCCUAUCCAGCAUCCCAGACUCCUUAGGCCGCCUCAAGUCCCUGCGGAGGCUGCACCUGCACAGCAACCUGCUGCUCAGCGUCCCUGCCUGCCUGGGCAGCCUGCCCAGCCUGGCCAGGCUGGACCUGCAGAACAACUGCCUGAGGGCUGUGCCCCCCGAGAUCCACAGCUCCCCCUGCGUGCACCUCCGCGGCAACCCCCUGGGGCAGCCCGCCCCGGGCCCCGGUGAGCGUGAAUCCAGCGCCGGAGGGCUGCAGAGACUCUUCCUUGCAGCAGAGGAGGGCAGCUUUACAGUCACCUCUGAAGGCUGCAAAGUGGUCCUGGCCUGUGGCAUCCGUUUCUACUUCCCACCUGGGGCUGCACCUGAGCCUCUGCAGAUCCACUUCCAAACCCUGGCACCAGACCCUCAGUGGGUGAAGCUGAGACAUCAUGAUGUCCUGCUCAGCAGAGUCCUGGAGCUGCAGCCUCAUGGGGUCCAGUUCCAGCAGGAGGUGCAGCUCUGGAUGCCCUAUGCCUGCUCCCAGAGCCUUCAGCAGCGUGAGGUGGUGGUUCGCACCUGCAGCGGGCAGAGCUGGAGCGACCUGCGCACCACAGUGCAGCACAGGAGGAAGUCAAAGAAGCCUGUGGCUCACUGCAGUGUGCUGCACUUCUCCUGGUUCCUGGUGGUGUCGCGGCUGGUGCAGGACGAGUGCCGGGUGCCGGCCCAGGGCACGCUGCUCUUCUCCAGCCUGGACCCCAGCAUCAAAGUGACCUUUCCCCCUGGAGCCACUGAAGACCCUCGCAGUGUCAAGCUGCAGGUGCUGCCUGUCUCUGCAGAGGAGCUAGAGGACAUCACAGCUGACCAAGGGUGCAGAGCCAGUCCCUUGCUCUGCCUCUCCCAGGACUCCCUGCAGGAUUUCCUCAGGCCAGUGAGGAUUCAGCUGCCUCUCCCACCAGGGGUCACAGGGCUCAACCUGGACCGCUCCAGGCUGCAUCUCCUGCACGGUGACCUGGAAGGGCAGAGCUGGGAGGACAUCACCAGCCAGGUGGUGCUGGAAUUCACUCACCUGUAUGCAGUGUUUGAAGUCUCUCACUUCUCCUGGUACUGGCUGUGGUACACCACCAAGAGCUACGUGGGAGGCAUUGCCAGGAAGGUCUACGAGCGGCUGCGGCUCUACCAGGUGAACUUCAUCGCCCUGCAGAGGAAGAAGGACCCUGAGCAAGUCCUGCUGCAGUGUGUGCCCAAGCACAAGGUUGAGGCAGUGCUGAAGAGGCUGCAGGAUCGCUACAGAGGCCCUGAGCCCUCGGAGCUGGUGGAGAUGUUCGAGGGGGAGCAGUUCUUCGCGGCCUUCGAGCGCGGCAUCAGCGUCGACGCAGACCGCCCUGACUGCGUGGACGGCCGCCUGGCCUUCAUCUUCUACUCCCACCUGAAGAACAUGAAGGAGAUCUAUGUGACCUCACCUGUGGACAGGAAAGGCCAAGCUGUCAAAGGCCAGGUCUCCUUCUACCGAGGGGAGGUUCCCAAGAGCAUCCCUGAAGAUGCCAGCAGGAGGAGGAGAGGACCAGACUCCCUCUGGCUUGCCACUCUGCCCAUCAAACUGCCUCAACUGAAACCCUGCUGGGCUGAGAGCUCUGGGGCCCUGAGUGGCUUGUCCUUGCCUGCCCUGAACCUGGGCAAUGCUGAGACUGGCUACCUGACCCAGGCCAACCUGCUGAGCAUCGCCAGGCGCCUGGGAGCCGACUGGCAGAGCAUUGGCCUCAGCCUGGGCCUCACCUACCAGCAGCUCCAGCGCAUAGGCUACAACAACAGGGAGGACCUGGACAAGCAGAUCCUGGAGAUGCUGUUCUCCUGGGCUCAGCAGAACUGGGAGGACCCCGAGUGUGUGAGCAGGCUGGUGAGAGCCCUGCGGGAGAGCGGCCGGCAGGACGUGGCCCAGGAGGUGGAGGCGGCCCUGGAGCUGGGCAGGCACAAGUACCGCCAGUCCCUGCGCAGGGUGGGCCUGCAGCGGGACAGCAGCGCCGAGGACUCGGCCAUAGCCACCAUGUAG